AUGGCAUCCAUCGUGCGCCCAACUCUGCGCGCCUGCCAGGCUGCGCCCGCCUCGCGCCUGCUCACCACGCGGGCCCCCGCCGCGUCCGUCUUCCGCCUCCACGCCCCGCUCACCCGGACGCCCGUGAAGCCCUCCUUCGUCCGCGAUGCUCUGCCCGCCGCCCGCAUCGCGCCCUUCCACGCUUCUGCCAGCAGGGCAAUUCUGCCCCCGCUGCCCCAGCGCGUCCAGGGCACUGCCAACGACCCCGCCCCAGUCCCCCCGGUUUCGGCCACCCAUGGCAGCUACCACUGGUCCUUCGAGAGGGUCAUCGCCGCUGCUCUCAUUCCCCUUACCGUCGCUCCCUUCGCCGCCGGCACCCUGAACCCGGUUUCUGAUGCCGUGUUCGGCGCCCUUCUCGUCCUCCACACGCACAUCGGCUUCCAGUCUGUCAUCAUUGACUAUUUGCCCAAGUACAGAGUACCUGGUGUGUUCAAGCUUUUCAGCUGGCUUCUGAACGGAGCCACCCUGCUCGUUGCCUACGGCAUCUACGAGUUCGAGACGAACGACGUCGGUAUCACUGAGGCUGUUAAGAGGGUCUGGACCGCGAAGCAAUAA